AUGAAUUUUGGUAAUCAAACCCCAACGAUUGUUGUCCUUAAAGAGGGUACAGACGCUUCCCAGGGCAGAGGUCAGAUCAUCUCUAAUAUCAAUGCUUGCGUGGCUAUACAGGAGGCAUUGAAACCUACAUUGGGUCCUUUAGGCUCGGAUAUAUUAAUUGUCACCUCUAAUAGGAAGACUACUAUCUCUAACGAUGGUGCUACCAUUUUGAAAUUACUGGACGUUGUUCAUCCAGCUGCAAAGACUCUUGUAGAUAUCUCUAGGGCCCAAGAUGCAGAAGUUGGUGAUGGUACCACCAGUGUGACCAUUAUUGCAGGAGAAUUGAUGAAGGAAGCCAAACCUUUCUUGGAUGAAGGAAUUUCUUCUCAUGUUAUCAUGAAAGGUUACAGAAGAGCUGUGGACUUGGCAACUGCAAAGAUUCAGGAAAUUUGUGUGGACAUAUCGAACAAUGAGAACGACAGUAGACAGCUACUAGAACGCUGUGCGAAAACUGCAAUGACCUCGAAACUUAUUUACAAAAACGCGGAUUUCUUCGUUAAGAUGUGUGUUGAUGCAGUGCUAUCUUUAGAUAGAGAAGAUCUAGACGACAAAUUGAUCGGUAUCAAGAAGAUUCCAGGUGGCUCAAUGGAGGAGUCGUUAUUCAUCAAUGGUGUGGCGUUCAAGAAGACUUUUUCCUAUGCUGGUUUCGAGCAACAGCCUAAGAAGUUUACCAAUCCAAAGAUUUUGAGUUUGAAUGUUGAACUGGAGUUGAAGGCUGAAAAAGACAAUGCUGAAGUUCGCGUUGAGCAUGUUGACGACUACCAAGCCAUUGUGGAUGCCGAAUGGCAACUAAUCUUGGAUAAGUUGACACAAAUUGAAGUCUCUGGUGCAAACAUUGUUCUAUCCAAGCUACCUAUCGGUGAUUUGGCUACUCAAUUCUUUGCUGACAGAAAUAUCUUUUGCGCAGGUAGAGUGAGUAGCGAUGACAUGGACCGCGUUAUCUUGGCCGUUGGUGGUUCCAUUCAAUCUACCACUACAGACAUUAGAGAGGAACACUUGGGUACGUGUGAAGUUUUCGAAGAAAUGCAAAUUGGUUCUGAGCGUUAUAAUAUGUUUCAAGGGUGCCCAAAGGCCAAGACUUGUACUCUCCUUCUAAGAGGUGGUGCCGAGCAGGUUAUCGCCGAAGUUGAAAGAUCAUUACAUGAUGCUAUCAUGAUUGUCAAGAGAGCGUUACAAAAUAAGUUGAUUGUUGCAGGCGGUGGUGCCGUAGAGAUGGAAAUUUCAAGAUAUCUGCGUAAUUACUCAAAGACCAUAGCUGGUAAGCAACAAUUAGUUAUCAAUGCUUUUGCUAAGGCAUUAGAAGUUAUACCAAGACAACUCUGUGAGAACGCCGGUUUUGACGCCGUGGAGAUUCUGAAUAGACUAAGAAUGGCUCACAGUAAAGGAGAGAAGUGGUAUGGUGUUGAUUUUGAGUCAGAAAGUGUCGGUGACAAUUUCGCCAAAUUCGUAUGGGAACCUGCUUUGGUCAAGAUAAAUGCAUUAAACAGUGCCACUGAAGCCGCCAAUCUAAUCUUGUCCGUUGAUGAAACUAUUACAAAUAAAGAAAGUCAGCCCGCUAAUGCUGGUAUGGCACCACCUCCAGGUAGAGGAAGAGGUCUACCAAUGCAAUGA